CUAUUAGUUACCAAAACAAAGAAGCUAAACCAGAAGAGAAGAGAAGAGAAGAUUCAAAGAAGAAAAAUGGAAGUGAGUUUAGUAGCCUCAACAUGUUUGCCACUAACCUUCAACUCCAACAAGAAGACAUUGUUAAACCAUAACAAUAACAUUUUCCACUCUCAAAUUCCAUUUUCAACCAAACAAAGAACAACUAUCGUUAACUCCUCUAUCAGACCCACUUUAUCCUCUAACUGGCUUGUUUCCCAUGAUUUAUCUGCCAAAACCGCUUCUCCAUGGCUUCCCAAAUUCGAAGAGCUUGAUACUACCAACAUGCUUCUCCGUCAAAGAAUUGUUUUCUUGGGUUCUCAGGUGGAUGAUAUGACUGCAGAUUUUGUGAUUAGUCAGCUUUUGUUUUUGGAUGCUGAUGAUCCUACCAAAGAUAUCAAGUUGUUUAUUAAUUCACCUGGUGGUUCUGUUACUGCUGGAAUGGGAGUUUAUGAUGCCAUGAAGUUAUGCAAGGCAGACGUGUCAACCGUUUGCCUUGGACUUGCAGCAUCCAUGGGUGCAUUUCUCCUCGCUGCUGGUACAAAGGGGAAGAGGUAUUGUAUGCCGAAUUCCAGAGUUAUGAUUCAUCAACCGCUCGGGUCUGCUGGUGGAAAAGCUACAGAAAUGAGCAUCCGUGCGAGAGAGUUGAUGUAUCACAAGAUUAAGAUAAACAAGAUACUAUCAAGAAUUACAGGAAAACCUGAAGAGCAGAUUGAAUUGGACACGGAUCGUGAUAAUUUUAUGAAUCCAUGGGAAGCGAAAGAAUACGGUUUGAUUGAUGAUGUUAUUGAUGACGGAAAACCAGGACUAGUUGCUCCAAUUACAGAUGCAGCGCCACCUCCAAAAACUAUGUUAAAGAAUAUAUGGGAAAUUGAAGGAAACUCAAAAGGUAAGAAGAAACUCCCCUCAGAGGAAACAUCAACUGCUGUAUGAGUUAUGGGACAAGCAAGGAUUGAUUCCAUUGCUUUCAUACUCAAAAACAGACCUAUCACCUCCAACAAGUAUUAAAAGGAUUUUUCAACAUGUCAUAGCAGUUACAUUUCAUGUAAAAAUCAAGACUGUAUAUUAGAUAUCAAAACUUAUAUUGUAUGCUUCAAGUGUUAGAUUCGUUAAUGAAUAUAUUUUGUCAUAUUUUCAUGAGA